AUGACCCUAAGCAGAAAGAUGUCUUAUUUUGUCCUUGCCUUUUUCUUCAUUUUGGCUCAAUUUCUAUCAGGGUGCCAGGCAGGACUCGAGUAUUCCGAGCCACUUCCAGGAGGUGAGUUUGCUGCUUGUGAGCCCUGCAGGCUCAGCCGGGGUAAAUGCAGGAGGAUGUGCACUGAGGACGAGAAGGUUGUUGGAAACUGCAAGAUGAACUUUUUCUGUUGCCGACGGAAGAUCAGCUGA